AUGAACCACCCUUCAGGACGCGCCUCCACCUCCUACCGUCGCACAUUCGGGGGCCCCAACCCCAUCUCGAUGUCCUCCUAUUCGCCUUCAUACUCCCGCAUGCCAAUGUCCAGCGGGCACUACAUGCGCUCUAUAUCGCCCGUGGUGCCCUCUCGCUCCUCCAACUACCACCACCAGCAGCGCCAGCGCUCCAGCACCCAGCCGCCCCGUCUCACCUACGAAAAGGUGGACUUCCAGCUGGCCGACGCAGUCAAUGCCGAGUUCCUGGCCACCCGCAGCAAUGAGAAGGUGGAGCUGCAGGACCUCAACGACCGCUUUGCCAGCUUCAUCGACAAGGUGCACUACCUGGAGCAGCAGAACAGUGGGUUGCAGCAGGAGCUGAGCCAGUUCAAGGGUCAGCAGCAGGAGGGACAGCCCAACCGGGCCACCGAGCUCUUCCAGGAGGAGCUGAGGGAGCUGAGGCGCCAGCUGGACCACGUGGGAAAGGAGAGGGACCAGUACCAGGUGGAGAGGGACAACCUGGCCGAAGACAUGAACCUUAUCAAACAGAGACUGGAUGAGGAGAAUCAGAAGAGAUCUGAGGCUGAGAGCAACCUGCUUGUCUUCCGCAAGGAUGUGGAUGAUGCCACUCUGUCUCGCCUGGAGCUGGAGAGGAAGAUCGAGUCUCUGAUGGAUGAGAUUGAGUUCCUCAAGAAGCUACAUGAUGAGGAGAUCCAGGAGGUGCAGGUGAGUUUCCAGACCCAGCAGAUGAAGAUGGAGGUGGACCAGACCGCCAGGCCUGACCUGACCGCUGCCCUCAAGGACAUUAGGGCCCAGUACGAGAACAUCGCCUCCAAGAACAUGUAUGAGUCUGAGGAGUUGUACAAGUCCAAGUUUGCUGACCUGACAGACUCUGCCAAGCGUAACACUGAUGCUAUGAGGCAGGCCAAGCAAGAGCAAAACGAGCACAGGAGGCAGAUGCAGUCCCUCAGCUGUGAGAUUGAUGCACUGAAGAGCACGAACGAGGCUCUGCUGAGGCAGAUGCGUGAGAUGGAGGACCAGUUUGGCGUGGAGGCCAAUAACUACCAGGACAACGUGGUCCGGCACGAGGACGAGAUCCACCACCUGAAGGACGAGAUGGCCCGACACCUGAGGGAGUACCAGGACCUGCUCAACGUCAAGAUGGCCCUGGACAUAGAAAUCGCCACUUACCGCAAGCUGCUGGAGGGAGAGGAGAGCAGGAUUACUGUUCCCAUGCAUCCCUCCCAGUAUGGCCUAUCUAUGUCACUAAAUCUGGCUUAUCCCCUUAUAGGCUAUGACCAUACCCCAGACACCCCUAGCAGGAAGCCUGUGUUGAUUAAGACAGUGGAGACUCGUGAUGGAGAGGUGGUGAAGGAAUCAAAGAAGGAAAAGGAGAGGAGUGAGAGGGAUGGCAACCAUGAUACUAAUGACAGGGAUCAUGGCAGGGAUGACCACGAUGACUAGAAUAGUUAGGUACCAAUCACUUGUUCCAGAUUCAGAUGUAGCAAUACAACACAAAAGAACAAAAAAAAAUUGUUAAAAGCUACAUACUCCAUAAUUGCUGCUCACCUUUCACCCUUUAAGAUUCCAUUUUUCUGUAGAGCAGAGAGCCUGUAGUAUAUAUUUGUGCAAUGUUAAAAGUUGACAAAAUCUCUUUUAGAUAGCAAACUUAGUCACAGGAUGUG